AUGCACCCUGGCAAUAUAAAGAAGAAAAGUAAAACAGUUAAUGACAAAGAGAUGUACCCUGGCAAUAUAAAGAAGAAAAGAAAGACAGUUAAUGACAAAGAGAUGUACCCUGGCAAUAUAAGGAAGAAAAGAAAAACAGUUAAUGACAAAGAAUUGAAUAAUUGUGAAACAGAGGACAACAUUUAUGUUUUGACAUCCAGGAAUACUUCUUCAAAAAGGAUAUGGGAUCGCCAUAAUUUCUGUGUGUAUUGCAAUAUGCAAUAUGCAAAGCUUCCACGACACUUUGAAAGAAAACACAGCUCAGAGAUUGAGGUUGCACAAAUUUUGUCACUUCCAAAAAAAUCAGCAAAAAGAUCAAUGAUGUGGGGACUACUAAAAAAUAAAGGAAAUCAUGCUCACAACAGUGAAGUGCUAAAAAGUGGCAAAGGGUUUCUGAUUCCAGGAAAGAGGACAAUUUAUAAGACAACACCAACAGAAUACCUGCCAUGUUGUAAUUGCCUUGCUUACUACAAACGAAAUGAAAUAUGGAAACACCAAAAGUCGUGCCCUGCUUUGGCUGUAAAAGGAAAGGUAGCUAAAGGUGGACGAAUACAAGGCAAAUGCUCAUUAAUUCUUUCAACCGAAGGACCAGCCAUUAGUAGUGAAUUCCAAGAAAACAUACUUAACAAGAUGAAUGUGGACAGAAUUUCGCUUUUGAUAAGAAAUGAUAUGUUGAUCCUGAACUAUGGUAAGAGACUUUUUUCAAAGUUUACCGAGUAUCACCAAUUUCAAUAUUGUUCUCAAAAGAUGAGAGAACUCAGGCGAUUAGUUUUAGAACUUAGAGAAGUACAUGCGAAUAAAAAUAUGUAUCUCAACGAUGCAAUAUGCCCACAAAAUUUUAAUGCUGUUACAGAGUCAGUAAGAAAACUUGCAGGAUUUGACUCUUUGCAAAACAAAUAUAAGAUACCAUCAUUAGCUAUAAAGCUUGGGCACUCAUUGAAAAGGUGCUGUAGUAUAAAAAGGGCAAUUGCCCUUAAAUCCAGAGAUGUUGCCACACAAGAGCAAUGUGAGGCCUUUGAAAACCUCUGUGAAAUAGAGUGGCCAGAUGAAGUCUCCAACCAUGCUUGGUCCACCCUCUAUAAGCAAAAAUGGAACAAGCCCAUAAUGCUACCACUAGAAGAAGAUGUUGUAGCUCUCAAUGUCUUCUUGAAAAAAAAAUCAAAAGAAUGCUCUGAGAAACUAGAAGCCUGCAAGUCUGACACAGAUGCUUGGUAUACUCUUGCCAAAGUCACUCUCUGCCAGUUGAUUCUGUUUAAUAGAAAGCGUAGUGGAGAAGCAGAACGGAUAGGAAUUGAAGAUUGGGCAAAUGUACAUUCUGAAUCAAGCAAGGAUAUUUUGAAAAGUUUGUCCAAAUGGGAAAAAUGUCUCUGUAAGAAGCUGAAAAGACUUGAAAUAAUGGGCAAACGGGGACGAAAAGUCCCAAUCCUAAUUCCUGAAGCUAUAUUUGGUAGCAUACAAUUGCUAAUUGUAACAAGAACCAAUGUUGAUAUAAGCAAGGACAACAAAUUCCUGUUUGCAGUACCAGCACCAUCAAAUCGUCCUAUUCGUAGUAGUGUAUGCAUCCACAAAUUUGCUUUGGAAUGUGGAGUAAAUAAACCACAAAAUCUAACGGCUACAAGAUUGCGAAAACACAUAGCAACGUUUUCACAAGUUUUUAAUCUUCAAAACAAUGAAUUGGACAUUUUAGCAACAUUUAUGGGCCAUGACAUAAAUGUUCAUCGAAAUUAUUACAGAUUGCCGGAAGAGACUACACAAGUGGUGAAAGUUGGUAGAAUACUUCUAGCCCUUGAGAAAGGCAAGACCUUUGACUUUAAAAACAAAAAGUUGGAUGAAAUAGAAAUUUCUUCUGAAUUUGAAGCUCGACGAUCCACCCUACAAUCAUUGCAAAGCUAA